CUCAGAUCGGCUUCAUGUGCUGUGCUUCCCAGACGUUGAGGUGUUAUGAUCAGCUCUGCGAAUAUGUGCAUCACCAUGAUCAUUAGGUAACGUUAGAAUGGAUGAUGUAUGGAGCUCUCCUCAUCUUUGUCCAAUGGUGGGGCGAAUGCGGCGUCGCUCAUGCUCAAAGUAGCACUGAUCAAAGGACUCCAGGGCUGUCUUCCACACUGUGGCUGCCCAUCACAUGUUCUCGCGACGAGCACGCCCGGGCGAUCAAAGACACAGCAGCAAGAUUUAUCACGCAGGUACAGCGACAGUGGAUAGCGACAGUGAGUCCCCAGGUGGAUGUGGAAAUCACAUUUCAUCAACGGAACAAAUAGUACAUGAACACCCACGUAAGAGAUAUCCACGAGAUCAAGAGAAUCGUAACCAAGUACUCGUGGUCCCACCAGUACAAGGAUGCCUCAGGAUAACAGUGGCCCCCGGCCCUGAUCAAA